AGGACUUCUCCCUUUUCCGCCGUUAGUUGAGCCGACCCACCCCGCACAGGUCGGUCCCCGCUGUCAUCCCCGCGACUCCCCGCUGUUACCCCCCGCGCGUCCGCCUGCGGGGCAUGCGUGAGCCAGCGAGCGUCUAGCGUGAAGAGAAGUUUUUAGCUCACGACGUCUCCCGCCAACAACACCGCGAUGGAGAGGCUGUGCGGACCGGAGCUGCCGUUCUGGGAUCUCAACACCACGUUCCACACGGACCAGCCCGACCUCCCCGUCUGCUUCCAGCUGUCCGUGCUGGCGUGCCUGCCGUGCAUCUACCUGUGGGUCGUCAGUCCGGUCUACCUGUUCUACCUGAAGAGGAACAACAGAGGCUACAUCAUGGUGUCCAUCCUGAACCGCUUCAAAACGGUCUUCGGCCUGCUCCUGUGGAUCGUGUGCUGGACGGACCUCUUCUACUCCUUCCACGAGAUGCAGCAGGGCCAGACGCCGCCGCCCAUCUUCUUCAUCACGCCGCUGGUGCUCGGCACCACCAUGCUGCUGGCCACGGUUCUGAUCCAGUAUGAGCGGUUACACGGGGUCCAGUCCUCGGGGGUGCUCUUCAUCUUCUGGUUCCUGUCUGUGCUGUGCGCCAUCGUGCCUUUCCGCUCCAAGAUCCUGAAGGCUUCCGGCGAGAGCGAAGUUCCCGACAAGCUGCGCUUCACCACCUUUUACGUUUACUUCAGCCUGGUGGUCUGUGAGCUGAUCCUCUGCUGCUUCAACGAGAGGCCUCCACUGUUCUCCGACACCGUCACCGAUCCUAACCCGUGCCCUGAAACCACGGCAGGUUUUCUGUCCUCCAUGACGUUCUGGUGGUUCACCAGUUUGGCCCUUAAAGGCUACAAAAUGCCUCUGGAGGCCAAAGACCUGUGGUCCCUGAAGAAGCGCGACAGCUCGGAGACGAUGGUCCCCAGGCUCCUCGCCGAGUGGAGGAAGGAGGAGGCCAAGGCCAGGAGCCAACAGAACCUGUCCGGCCAGGCGCAGUACGCCAAACUGCCGCCAUCCAAAGCCAAUCACCUGUCAGGAGACGAGGCAGAGGACAACGGUCCAAAGGAAGGAGACGUGCUGCUGUCCAAUCAGAAAGCUCAGAAGCAGCCGUCCUUCCUGCGCGCCAUCCUGAAAGCCUUCGGACCGUACUUCCUGAUUGGCUCCGCCUACAAGCUGCUGCAGGACGUCAUCACGUUCAUCAACCCGCAGCUGCUCAGCCUGCUGAUCUCCUUCACCAAGCAGGAGGACGUUCCUCUGUGGUGGGGUUACACGCUGGCCUUCCUCAUGUUCUUCACCGCCUUCCUGCAGACCCUCAUCCUGCACCGCCACUUCCAGUACUGCUUCGUCACCGGCAUGAACGUGCGCACCGCCCUCAUCGGAGCCAUCUACCGGAAGGCUCUGGUGAUCACCAACGCCGCCAAGCGGUCGUCCACGGUGGGAGAGAUCGUGAACCUGAUGUCCGUGGACGCGCAGAGGUUCAUGGACCUGACGGCCUUCCUGAACAUGCUGUGGUCGGCGCCGCUGCAGAUCAUGCUGGCUCUCUAUUUCCUCUGGGAGAACCUCGGCCCGUCUGUGCUCGCCGGAGUGGCGGUCAUGGUCAUGCUCAUCCCACUGAACGCUUUCAUCGCCAUGAAGACGCGGGCCUAUCAGGUGGAGCAGAUGCAGCACAAAGACGCUCGACUCAAACUGAUGAACGAGAUUCUGAACGGCAUCAAAGUCCUGAAGCUGUACGCCUGGGAGGAGUCCUUCAAGCAGAAGGUCCUGGACAUCCGGCAGAAGGAGCUCAACGUUCUGCGCAAAACCGCCUACCUGGGAGCGCUGUCCACCAUGGCCUGGACCAGCGCGCCCUUCCUGGUCGCCCUGACGUCGUUCGCCGUGUUCGUGUCGGUGGACGAGAACAACGUUCUGGACGCCAAGCGGGCCUUCGUGUCGCUGUCGCUCUUCAACAUCCUCCGGUUUCCUCUCAACAUGCUCCCCCAAGUGAUCAGCAGCAUAGCGCAGGCUAGCGUGUCGCUGAAGCGGAUCCAGAACUUCCUGAGUCACGACGAGCUGGACCCCGACUCCGUGGACAGGAAGAACACGCCUGGCGAUUUCUCUGUGACCGUGGUCAACGGGACGUUCACCUGGGCGAAGGAAGACCCGCCCGUCCUGCACAGCGUCAGCGUGAUGGUUCCUCGCGGCUCCCUGCUCGCCGUGGUCGGCCCCGUCGGCUGCGGGAAGUCCUCCCUGAUCUCCGCCCUGCUGGGAGAAAUGGAGAAACUGGAGGGGGAGGUGUCCAUUCAGGGCUCUGUGGCGUACGUCCCUCAACAGGCGUGGAUCCAGAACGCCACGCUGCGGGACAACAUCCUGUUUGGGAACGCCUACAACGAGCAGAAGUACUGCUCGGUUCUGGACGCCUGCGCCCUCACGCAGGACCUGGAGGUGCUGCCCGGAGGAGAUCAGACCGAGAUCGGAGAGAAGGGAAUCAACCUGUCGGGGGGCCAGCGGCAGAGGGUGAGCCUGGCGCGAGCGUUGUACAGCGACGCCGACGUCUACCUGCUGGACGACCCGCUGUCCGCCGUGGACGCACACGUGGCCAAACACAUCUUUGACCGCCUGAUCGGGCCUGACGGGCUUCUGAAGGAGAAGACGCGCAUCCUGGUGACGCACGGCAUCAGCUUCCUGCCGCAGGUGGACAACAUCAUGGUGCUGGGGGCGGGGCGCGUGUCGGAGAUGGGCUCCCACCAGGAGCUGCUGAAGCAGAACGGCGCCUUCGCAGAGUUCCUCAGGAACUACGCUUUGGAGGACAUUCUGGAGGAGGACGAGCUUGAAGACGAGCUGCUGGACGAGAUGGAGUUCUUCCCUGAAGAAGAGCUGGGCAACCAUCACUGCGACAUGAUGGAGAACGAGCCGGUGAUGAACGAGGCCAGGAAAGCCUUCAUGAGACAGAUGAGCGUCCUGUCAGCGGACGGCGAGAACCCGCGCAGGCGCUCGGUGCGGAGGCACGGCUGCAGCCAGAGGAAGCGCGGCGAGCCGCCGGAGAAGAAGAAGGAGCUGGAGAAGCUGAUCCAGGCGGAGACGGCGGAGACCGGACGGGUGAAAACCAAGGUGUACCUGGAGUACGUGAAGGCGGUGGGGGUGCUGCUGUCGGUGCUCAUCCUUCUGCUGUACGGCUGCCAGAGCGCCGCCGCCAUCGGAUCCAACAUCUGGCUCAGUCAGUGGACCAACGACGCGGCGGGGAACCACACCCAGGAGAACGUGCAGAUGAGGGUGUCGGUGUACGCGGCGCUGGGCAUCGCGCAAGGCAUCCUGGUCAUGAUCUCCUCCUACACCUUAGCCAUGGGGAACAUCAGCGCGGCCAGGCGGCUGCACGCCAACCUGCUCACCAACAAGCUGCACACCCCACAGUCCUUCUUUGACACCACCCCCAUAGGACGCAUCAUCAACCGCUUCUCCAAGGACGUCUACGUCAUCGACGAGGCGCUGCCGUCCACCGUGCUCAUGUUCCUGGGCACCUUCUGCGCCUCGCUGUCCACCAUGAUCGUUAUCGUUUGCAGCACGCCGUACUUCGCCCUCAUCAUCCCCGUUCUGGCUUUAAUUUACGUCUUUGUUCAGAGGUUUUACGUCGCCUCGUCUCGGCAGCUGAAGCGUCUGGAGUCUGUCAGCCGCUCUCCCAUUUACUCCCACUUUUCGGAAACCGUCACCGGCUCCAGCGUCAUCCGAGCCUACGGCAGGCUGGACGCCUUCGUGCUGAUGAGCGACGCCAAGGUGGACGAGAACCAGAGGAGCUACUACCCCGGGAUCGUGUCCAACAGGUGGCUGGGGGUCCGGAUCGAGUUCAUUGGGAACUGCAUCGUUCUGUUCGCCGCUUUGUUCGCCGUCAUCUGGAAGGAGACGCUGAACCCGGGUCUGGUGGGGCUGUCGGUGUCCUACGCUCUGCAGGUGACCAUGUCUCUGAACUGGAUGGUGCGGAUGACGUCAGACCUGGAGAACAACAUCGUGGCGGUGGAGCGAGUGAAGGAGUACUCAGAGACCAAACCAGAGGCUCCUUGGGAGGUGGAGGACAAGAAGCCCCCCCCUGAAUGGCCCACGGACGGGAAGGUGGAGUUCCACGGCUACAGCGUUCGCUACAGAGACGGUCUGGACCUCGUCCUGAAGAACAUUACGCUGGACGUGAAGGGAGGGGAGAAGAUCGGCAUUGUGGGGCGAACGGGGGCCGGCAAAUCGUCCAUGACGCUCUGCCUCUUCCGGCUGCUGGAAGCCGCUGCAGGAGAGAUCACCAUCGACGGCGUGAAGAUCGCAGAGAUCGGCCUCCACGAUCUGAGGUCCAGACUGACCAUCAUCCCUCAGGAACCCGUCCUGUUCUCCGGGACCCUGAGGAUGAACCUGGAUCCUUUCGACAAGUACUCGGACGAAGACGUGUGGAAAGCUCUGGAGCAUUCCCACCUCCACGGGUUCGUCCGGAACCAGCCGGCCCAGCUGCAGAUGGAGUGCGCCGAGGGAGGAGAGAACCUCAGUGUGGGUCAGAGGCAGCUGGUGUGUUUGGCCCGAGCUCUCCUGAGGAAGACCAGGAUCCUCAUCCUGGACGAAGCCACCGCUGCCAUCGACCUGGAGACCGACGACCUCAUCCAGUCCACCAUACGGACUCAGUUUGAGAACAGCACCGUCUUCACCAUCGCACACAGACUCAACACCAUCAUGGACUACACCAGAGUUCUGGUUCUGGACAAGGGGAAGAUCGCAGAGUUCGAUACCCCCACCAACCUCAUCUCCAAGAGAGGGAUCUUCUACGGCAUGGCCAAAGACGCCGGCCUGGUCCAGUGAAGGCGCCGUGCGACCUCCCUCCUGCUCCUUCGGGCCCUUCGUUGUGGUGAAGCCGGGUCGCGGGGAUGACCCGGCACCUCCAGACCGCCGCGGCUUCGUCUCACCUGCAUCUGUGGCGUCUGAACAGGAAACACGUGCUGCUCGAUGGCGCCUGCGCUGCCUUCAGUGCCUUCAGCCGUGGGAGGAAAUGCCAGUGAACGCAUCGUUGUCACUCAGCUGAAAGCAGGAAUGUUUUCUACCAGCAGAGACGAACACUGUGCCACUUCAGGAGAAAACCCCGCCCACUUUUUUUUGUACUGUUAUUUAUGCUUCUUUUAGAGAACUUUGCUGAGUUAGACAUGUGAUUCUUCUGUGAACCCAAUCUAUAAAAACUUGAAUUACUGUAUCACCAAAAUGCUGACGCCUUUAUUAAAAAAAAUGGGAACAACA